UUUCCACAACUUUGCAGGGCGGUGGGAGGCUUGAAAUAUACAGAAGCAGAAGUUAAAAUAUACAGAAGCUGUUUCCCAAGGAGAUUUCGGGAGGGUCGGGGAAGCUGUUCUGCCCAGACAAGGCAACUCUGAAAGCCAUCCCACUUCAAGGACAAUAGAAGGCCUAUCACUGAGGUUUAUCUCAAAAGUUCUACAGCAGGAAGCCAGAUCCCUUUUCAGGGCCUUUUCCGUGGUGGCCCCCGAACUGUGGAACAGCCUCCCCGAUGAGGUGCGCCUGGCGCCGACGCUACUAUCUUUUCGGCGCCAGCUUCACCAGCCUUCACCUUGGAUGGAAAGGAAUCAUCUCAGCUUCCUGAAACCAAACCUUGGUUCAGGCUUUAAGUGGGACUGUUCCUUAUCCACUGCAUUCUAAAACCCAGAACAUCAGUCCAGCAGAAGAACCCAACCAUCUCUUGUCUCAAGAAAGUUAACUGGGCAGCGGAGCAAAGAACUCCUCCAACCCUUCGUCGAGGCUGCCUUGGGGUCCAGACUGAAGAUGGAAAAGAAAGAAGACUCAGCUGUCCAUGAAGCAGGAAGAGGCUGUGAGCUGGUCAACGAGCCUGGGAGGACUGGGGAACUCUGGGGAAAUACAGUGCAGAAGAUCCUGGAUGGGGGCCACACCAACUGGGCAGACCAGCACAAGCGCUUCAGGGAGUUUUGCUACCAGGAGGCUGAAGGGCCCCGAGAAGUUUAUAGCCGGAUCCACAGCCUUUGCCAUCAGUGGCUGGAGCCAAAAAGGCACACAAAAGCUCAAAUCCUGGACCUAGUGAUCCUGGAGCAGUUCCUGAAAAUCCUGCCCCCGGAGAUGGAGAGUUGGGUCAGGGACUGUAGGCCGAAGACCAGUGCUGAGGCUGUAGGCCUGGCAGAAGGCUUUCUCCUGAGCCAGGCAGAGCAGGAGGAGGAGGAGGAGGAGCAAGAUGCGGUGACCUUUGAGGAGGUGGCUGCACAUUUUGUAGGGGAUGACGGGGCUCUGUUGGAUCCAGGAGAGAGGGAUCUUCGCAGGGGACUCUCAGAAGAGAACUAUGGAAACCCAACUUCUCUGGGUGAUGGGAGGGAGAGCAGUAAAAAGGGCAAACAGCAGAGAAUGAAAACUGGAGAAAAACAGAAGAAAAAUAAUCCUAUACUAGAAGAAUGUCAUAAAGGAAAUAAAUGGAUUAUUCACAACAGGAAGAAACUGUUGAAAUCCUCCAAGUGUGGAAGAAGCUUCAGUCAACCGUUAUUCCUUACUGAACAUCAAAGAAUUCUGACAGAGGAGAAGCCCUAUGAAUGUUCAGAGUAUGGAAAAUGUUUCAGUCAUAGCAUGAAUCUUAAAUCACAUCAAAGAAUUCACACAGGGGAGAAGCCCUAUACAUGCCCUGGGUGUGGAAAAUGUUUCAGUCACAGCAUGAAUCUUAAAUCACCUCAAAGAAUUCACACAGGGGAGAAGCCCUAUGAAUGUUCAGAGUGUGGAAAGAGUUUCAGUCAUAGCAUGAAUCUUAAAUCACAUCAAAGAAUUCACAGAGGGGAAAAACCCUAUGCAUGCUCUGAGUGUGGAAAGAGUUUCAGUCAUAGCAUGAAUCUCAAAUCACAUCAAAGAAUCCACACAGGGGAGAACCCCAAUUAAUGCUUCUGAGUGUGGAAAGUAGUUUAGUUACAGCUCAUACCUUGAAUCACAUCAAUGAUCCUCACAGGUGAGAGCCCCUAUAACUGCUCAGAAUUUGGGGAAAACGUCCAUCAUAUAAGAAACCUUAAAGUGUAUAUAGAAUAUAUAUAUAUGAACGUAAUUGUGAUUAACCAAAUCACAAUUACGUUCAUAUAUAUUUUUAGGUGAUUAACGGAAUCCUUAUAGGGAUCCAGAGCAAGCUUGAGUGAAGUUCUGUUUGUUGCUUUCAAAACUGUCUUAUAGAAUAUACACAGGGAGGAAUCCUGUAAAUCCUGGCAAUGACUGGAAUGUGGGAGAGUCUUCAGGUCCAGGCAAAUCAAGAGUAUAAUUGCCAAUGGGAAAUUUAUUAUAUUUGAUAUGCUUCAAAUCCUGCAGUGAGGGCAGUUUUUAUCUCCCGAUGCUUAUCAGCUUUAUAGAAUAAUGCUGAAUUUUUUAAAAAAAGUUAUGUUGGCUGCUACUUUCUCUCUGUCAGGAAUUGCUCCCCAUUCCUCGCUGGUCUUUGAGCGCAUCAUCUGAGCCCACUGGAGCUUCAGAUGGAUUGUCCUCUUUGACUCCAUCAUUCUCAGCAGCUCAUAUCAAAGGAAGAGGCUGCUUGUGACUAACUUGACUUAACCAUCUGCGAAUGUGCUCUGGAGAGAAACCAUAUAAAUGUUCAGACGGUGGGAAAAGCGUCAAUCGGAUGUCAUAAUAAAUGCCAUCAUGAAAUGAUCUGAAGGCACAUGAGGCCAUCACCUUGCUCAAGCUAAGUAGGACUAGGUCUGAUCAGUACCUGGAUGGGUGACCACCUGGCAACCACAUGUAGGCUACCUCGGGUUUCAUGACGGAAGAAAGGUGGGAUAUAAACAAAGUCAGACCAAUCAUCCACCUAGCUCACUAGCAGCAACUCUCCCAAGGGGAGACAUGUUUUUGACAGGAUAUUCCCAGGCCUACCUGAAAAUAUGUGUAAUUGAACUGCAUUGCACAUGGGGUUGGACUUGAUGGCCUUAUAGGUCCCUUCCAACUCUACUAUUCUAUGAUUCUAUGAACGUGGAAAGUUCUGUAUUCGGCCUGUGGCCCUUCCUGUGUAUGGCUUUCCAGUAUGGCAACUUUGCCAAAUUUGCUCUGUUCAGUAUGACUUCUAUAUAGCAGACACUGGGUCUGGCAGUUAAGCUUCAUCUUAGCUACCUAGGGAGAGAGUUAGUUCCUUUCUGUUUCAGCACAGACAAUCUUAAGGUGCAGGGAUGAGUCUUAGGCAUGUAAGUUUGGCAAAUACAGUUCCUUAACAGAACUUAAGCAAAUAUUAUGGAAGAGAAAAUCAAUGAAACUAGUCAAUAAACUUGAAGCAUUAUAAAAUACAGUUGAUUUCAAAAUACAGUAUUGUUGAAAUGCAAGCAAAGUGUUGGAUACAAGCAAAGGUGAGAGACGCCUCUCGAAAAGAAGAGACAUGCUCAACGGAAGGGAUAUUUAAACUAUUUUUUUAAAAAGAAGAUAAACGAACAAUGCCCUCCUAAACUUAAUCUCUAGAUUUCUCUAUCAAAGAAAAACAGCUACAUUCCACAAAAUGUUCAACUACAUGAAAGACUGGAUAAGUCAUAUGCCAAGUUGACUUCUCUAUUUUAAUAGUUUUUACUUUUUAAAAAAAUGUAAUUUGAUGUUUUUAAAUGAAAU